GUCUCCACUCCGGCCUAUUCAGCUGCACCACCACCACCCUAUUUCUAUUCAAACACACUCUACCAAGGACUCCCGCCGUCCACCGCCCUCAACCUGGAUCCCACCACUGCUUGAUUAAUUCGAGCGCCUGCAUUGUUGUCACCAGCAAUAGCUCACACCUCUCCACCAUGGCGGAGAACUACCAGGUUAUGGAGGAGCUGGGCAGCGGGUCCUUUGGAAAGGUGUACAAGGCCAUCGACCGUAGCACGGGCGAAACCGUCGCGAUCAAGCAUAUCGACCUCGAGGACAGCAACGAGGAGCUUGUCGACAUCCAGGCCGAAAUCGCCCUGCUCAGUACCUGCCAUAGCCCCCACAUCACCGAGUACAAGACUAGCUUCGUUAAAGGCGUCAAGCUAUGGAUUGUCAUGGAGUUCCUCGGCGGUGGCUCAGCUGCCGAUUUGCUUGCCCCAGGACCGAUGGGCGAGGCGCACAUUGCGAUCAUGUGUCGCGAGCUUCUGCUGGGCCUCGACUACCUCCACUCAACCGGCAAGAUCCACCGAGACAUCAAGGCUGCAAACGUGCUCUUAACCGACAAGGGCAAGGUAAAACUUGCCGACUUCGGUGUCGCUGCGCAGUUGACGAACAUGAAGUCGCAGCGCAUGACGUUUGUAGGAACGCCGUUUUGGAUGGCCCCGGAGGUCAUUCAGGAGGCUGGGUACGACUUUAGGGCCGACAUCUGGUCGUUGGGCAUCACUGCCAUGGAACUGGCCGACGGCGCACCGCCACACGCAGGAUCGCACCCCAUGAAGGUACUCUUUACGAUUCCCAAGAACCCUGCUCCACGACUCCAAGGUGAACAGUUUAGCAAAGAGUUCAAGGACUUCAUCGCGCAAUGCUUGAUCAAGGACCCAGACCGACGCGCGACGGCAAAGGAGCUGUUGGAACACAAGUUCAUCCGCCGCGCCGGCAAGGUCGAAGCUCUACGCGAGCUGAUUGAGCGCAAGCAGAUGUUUGACGCGAAGAAGGACAAGGAUGACGUGUCGCACCCGAAAUAUUAUGAGGAGACUAUGAAGGAUCUUUCUCCUAAGCCCGAGUCAGAUGACUGGACAUUCGACACAGUCAAGGCUGGCACAGUUGCUCCCGCGGCACGUCAAACGUUCAGACGGCGCAAGCUUGCUCGCAUUCCUUCUGGAGACGAAGAGACACACGCAUCUCUGAUGCAGCACAUGAAUCUCGAUGAUGCUCCGUUGGGCAUUGUCACCGACUCGCCAGUACCAGAACGUACUCGAACUUCAUCUCGCACAUCUUCUUCCGGAACCGCAUUCCGCGUAGCUUCAGGCAACACACCUACUGCUCGUCGCGUUAGUGGCGCGCCCAAACAGCCUCUUGGUGUUGAUCUCACCUUCGGCAACUCGCCCUCGACUGUACAGCGGUUCAAGCGUAUUCCAAGCGGAGAGCGCCGCGCAGCACUUCGAUCCAACCCGCCUGCCACCCAGAGCAACUCGUUUCACCCCAAUCCGUCUGCCGCAACAUUCCGCCCAUCGCCGCCAAGUGCCGAUCUCAUGUUUGACGUGACUGAUGUGAACAAUGAGAAUGAGCCGCCAGAGCCAGAGUACCCGCCUAUGCCCGUUACGAAGGACGCGCUCUAUGGACGUCGGGCUUAUAGCAAAGUCCUUGAUGGUGUCUUCCAGGAGGCACACGCUGACACGGGCUCACCUCACCAGCGUGAGGCCAUGGGUCGAGUCGCUUCAGCCUGGGCGCAGCUAGACGAGAUCGACCCACAGGGAGAGUUCAUGCUGCUGAAGGCCAUGGUCGACCGUCUGAAGUCCGACUCGAAGCUGGCUGCUGCGCUAGGUAUCGAGAUGCCCACAACCCAGUCGUCGCUCAAGCGCAAUAACACUCAAGGAAGCGACACAAGCUAUGGCGGCACCACAGUGCACGGCAGCAGCACAACUCGCAUCCGCUCUAAUACUAAGCUGUCUACAUCAUCGGUCAGCAAAUCGUCUGCAUCGGAGGACUACGACUCUCCCUCCACUCCCAUCGACACGCCCAACGGCACACCCACUGGCACAUCCGGCACGCCCACCAAGGCCAAGCUCGUGCUUGCGCAGAACAACCCUCAUUUAAAGUCUCACCGCCGUCGACAGAGCGCAUAUGUCGUUGGCGAGAAGCCAUAUGGCAACGACUCGCUGCCCAUGGUCGACGAGAAGAAGCUGCCGGGCCAUGUAGAGAAGGGCAUGGAGCAGCAGGGCCUUCUGGCCGACAUUCUUUAUGGACAGUGGAUGUCCGGGCUGCGCAGCCGCUGGCCUGCCGCAAGCUAGGCCCGUCAUUCUCCAGAGCAUCCUGCGCAUCACACAGCAUGCGUGGAGUGCGUCCGUACUCGCAUUCUUGCACAUAAUUUCACGUCUCUCUUUCUUAGCACCCUUCACGAUCAUGACUCACGACCUUGACGACACGCUGGCUGCGUUGCGUUGCGUUGUGUUGGAGCCAUGUUAGCCGUGAUCUUGGGCGUGCGCUUAUACUUGCAUACUACGGCGUUGGGAUAGCCGGUUUUUCCACUUUGGAGGCGCUUCUACUGGGACAUAUUGUUACGAGUCUACGGGCUUGAGUGUAGAUAGAUGGUAGAUAGACGGAGAUGGACAGUGUAUAAUAGAACCAAAACUGCAUCUUCUUUGACAAGUAAUUUCAAAUGUUAUUGAAUAGGUUUCUGUGCUUUGAGAUAGGAGUGCUGUGUCUGCGC